CUUUGUGUGUCUGCACCAGACAGAACUGUUUGGGUUUUCACUUUGUUGUUUUGUAUUUUGAAGUGUUCUUUCAUCAUUAAAUAAGAUGAACACUUACCAUGCUGUGCUUUGGUCCGCUCCUCCUUCCACCUACGAGGAGAAUCGUUACAAUUAUGGAACGUAAAAUGCAUAUUCCACUUCAGUUGACGCUGAUCUGAUACAGAUGGAACAUAGCCUUGCAAUGGUUGUUAGGAGGACCUUGGAAAAGGAGAGCUGCACACUCUAGCGCAGACUCAAUUAUUUAAUAACCUAAUAUCCAACCUUUCUGACCGACAAGCUGUCUUCAUCAGCGUAUACUGUUAGGAGCACCUUAACACAGAUGGAGCUAUUCAUCUCUGACCGUACCUCAUUGAAAAGUUGCCACUCUGCCUAGUGACUGUAAACUAAACAAAAAUACUAACGUGGACACCCUGACCCUGGAGCUUGUGGCAGAGCGCAGCAUGGCCCAGAAGAGUGAAAAUGUGCGCCAGCAGCUGGAGAGGCAGAACAAGGACUUGCGGGCCAAGCUGGGCGAGCUGAAGGGCUCCGUGAAGAGCCGGUUCAAGGCCUCCAUCACCGCCCUGGAGGCCAAGAUACUGCAGCUGGAGGAGCAGUUGGAGCGGGAGGCUAAGGAGCGAGCAGCGGCCAAUAAGCUUGUGAGAUGGACAGAGAAGAAGCUGAAGGAGGUGUGCAUGCAGGUGGAGGACGAGCGCCGCCAUUCCGACGAGUACAAGGAACAGAUGGAGAAGGCCAACUCUCGCAUGAAGCAGCUGAAGAGGCAGCUUGAGGAGGAGUCCACACGUGCCAACGCCUACCGCAGGAAGCUGCAGAGGGAGCUGGACGAUGCCACUGAGAGCAGCGAGGGUCUCAGCCGUGAGGUCAACACACUCAAGAGCCGCCUCAGGCGUGGAGGCCCCAUCAGUUUCUCCUCCAGCCGCUCGGGCAGGCGUCAGCUGCAGGUGGAGGGAACAUCGCUCGACCUCCUAUCCGACGAUGAAAUGGAAAACAAGACCACGGAUGCCAAUGCCAACGAGACGCCAGCAGCUCCCCAACUGGAGUAGACGCGCUCCCUACAGCCCACACGCAGCAUGGCCUCCGCCCCCACAAACCUUACCCCUGUCCUCCUAACCCCAGACACCAGCAGUGGACCCCACUACUCUGCCUUACCCCUCUAUGGCAAGCUGCAGGGCCAAGCAAAUCCAUCACCUCCUCCAUAUGAAUAUACCGCACAUCAUGCCUUGGAUUCGUUUUUAACAUCAAUUGCAGAUAAAAGUGCAUUUAAAUUGCAUAGGCGUCUGAGUGUGCAUAGGCACUCGAAAACAAGUAGCAGGAGUUUACCAUAAUUAUGUAAAGCUACUUCCCUGGAACAGCCAUUAGAAUCAAACAGCCCUCUAGCUAGAAUUAACCACUGUCAUUUCAGCUGGUUUACUGGCACACAGGUGGACGAUGUAAAAACAUGUGUCUUUCAUGAUUGUACAGUAUUGGACCAGGAUAUGUAAAACAAAGCACAGCAUAAGCGAGGGAAUUAUUUUUAAAUGGUAGCCUAAAUGACGAUCACACCGAAUUGUUUUCAUCAAAACCACCACUGUCAUAGAGAUACUGCAAUCCACUUAGUUUAGUAUAAAAAUAACUAUGUGAAUAACUCUUUGGUAGCAGGUUUGUAGUGAAUUAGAUUGUACCACGCCAUGUUGCCUCAGCAUUCCCCCUAUAUAUAUGACUAGCAAAAGACCCUGUUAACUUGACCAAUAUAACCUUGUCCAAUAACCCACCAUUUUAUAUUUGACAUAUCAAUCUACUUUAAGUGGUGUACGAUAAUGUGUGGAAUUAGGUUUGUCAGACUUGGAGCAAAGGCCCUUUUUUUUAGAAAGACAGCCCAAAUGUGUGCUUGACAUACUAUAAUAUUGCUAUGUAUAAUUCUGGCUAUUCAGUUAUGUUUUCUGUACCAUGUACAAAAUACUUAACUCAAAAAGGUCUCUUUGACAUCUCGUGUCACCUUCAUUUCAAUGCAUUUCAAAUGGCUGAAUAAUAUUAGCAUGAUUUACAGAAGGGUAAUUCAUGUUUUAUUGAAGUUUUAUUGAGUGUUAGAGCGUUGGUUUUAAUUCAGUGGUUCAGGGUAGAGCAAUCAUUCAAUUUGAAUAUGCACACUUGUUGAUGCCUUGAUUAUUAAAUGUUAAACAUAAAUGACCAUUUUGUAAAUGACUAAUUACAUAUUUGAGGCCUUUAUUAUUAUUUUAAGCCAGAACAAAUUGGGGGAAAAAAAGGUUUAUCUGUUUCUUUUGAAAGACACUUCUCAAUAAAGACAUGAGGGGGAAAAAAGUGUAUAGUGUUUGAACCAGUUUCAUAGCUUUAGUGUCAUAUUAUACCAUAAGCACCUCUCCCAUCGUGUUGGUGUGAACCAGUGUUAUAACAGAAUGAUUUAUGGAGCCUUCUGUCUGCCAGGCAGAAAGUAGAAUUUCAUUGGGUUCAAAGCUUUAACAUCCUGAAGGUUGUUAUUAUUAGUGGACUGGCUGUUGACGACCAGGUAUUCAUUAUCUCCUUUUAUUUCUUGUAUUUCUAGACUUUUUUUGUUGUUGUUGUAAAAGACCAAUAAACAUAUCCAUUAUAGAAAAA